AUUUCCCUACAGUGUGAGUGCCGGCCUGGGACCGCGCAUCGUCCUCCUCAUUGCUUCGGGACUGAUUCGGAGCUCCGUAACCGACGCGGACUCACCCUGCUGGUGAUACAUUCUGGUUGCUUGGGGGGAAGAGAUGCAAGAAAUGGAGGAAGAUAUGGAAAUCGAGCACUUCUUUGUUGCUCAUGAAAUAGACCUCGAUUAUGAGUUUGAUGCGGCUCGCUUCUUUGAUUUCACUCGACCGGAGACUCCUGCCGAAGCUCAUCAAGCAGAAAUUUGGUUCGAAACUGCUGGAAGUUACCCUCCUUCACCUUUUGUAGCGAAGCUAGUUAUGGGAGAGGACGUUCUUAUUGAGAGUGCGACUGCCUCUCCGAAAUCAAAACACCUGGAAUACACAAGUUUGAUGGAUGAUAGCAAGGUCAGUGUUCCGUCCGCGAUGGAGUAUUCUGAGACUGAUAUUGACAAUAAAGCGGAUGUGAAAGCAGGUGGCAAUAUUUCUGGCUUAUUGAGUGGAAUUCUACAAAAUGUUGCCAAGGAGCCAUUACAAGUAACUACAGGAUUUACCUUUUAUGGUGAGAGUAAGAUAACCUGGGACAGUAUGAAUUCUAAGGCCAGAUCAGCUGUCUCAAAGAGAUCAACAUUGAUGAAACCUACUGCCAGUCAGUUGGCAAAGCAAAAUCGACCUCCCCAAACUGUUGGCUCCAGAUAUCACAAGCUACCAGGACUUAACAAUGAAAGGACUGUAUCUAUCGCUUCUGGAGUGGAAAGUCAAGCUGCCAAGAGGCAGAAAUUGGAUUGUGGGCUCUUACGCAAGGUUGCUGAUGUGAAGCAGCAAACAAAUUUUUUCCACAAGGCACCUAAGACGGUUGUAACUGUUGAACAGAAUGCUGCACCAGCCAGGCUGAAGCUUACUAUUCCAUUAGAACCUGAGCUUGAAACGGCACAAAGAGCGCAAAGGAUUAGGCCUAAAAACGCUGCAAUGACAGAACAUGUGACAGAGGCUGUCCAUAGAUUCAAAGCACGCCCUUUAAACAGAAAAAUUCUUGAAGCUCCUUCUUUACCACUUCCCAAAAGGAGCACUCCACGGUUGCCUGAAUUUCAAGAAUUUCACCUAAAAACAUCAGAGAGGGCCAUUCACCACACGUCAGCUAGUUCAUCCGCUUCUCUUCAGUGCAAUAAUUUUGAUAAGGGUAUGGACAAACCAAAUACAGUUUCUGCUCGCGAAAAUAGAAUCAAGGACAUUAGAAGAUACUUUCGAGUAAAGGAGAUAUUGGUGUUUUCUGGAACAGCAAGCAGGAAACCACAGUGCCAGUGGAUUUUAAUUUUCAUACGGAGAAGAGAGUUCAACAGAACCCUCCGAUUGAUCUCUUCAGCAAGGAAAAGCACCCCAUAUUUGGUGGAAGGCAAAACCAAUGUGGAAAUAACGACUGCAGCAGCGAAGCUAGUACAAUGUUUGGUGCCAGGAGGAGCUUGGGCAUCCGAUGAAAACAAACAAAAGCAAUGCAAAACAAGCUUCUCUUAUGGGGAUCAGAUUCGAAUUUUUGCUGUUGAUAUGGAAGUUCGAUGAGUACAUAGUUGAAUCUGAACAUCGCGUAAAAAUUCUUCUCAGACGAAAGAUAGUUCUACUGUAUAGAAGUAUUGGUACAAAAAGCAAAAAAGAAUACUUCAGCUCAGAAGAAAUCAACACACCAUGAUUAUCUUCAUCACUUGUAUCAUGAACGACUGCCCUUUGAUCUUAAAUCAAUAAAAACAUUAGAAGGCCAGAGUUGUAUAGCCUCUAAGCCUAUCAUUAUCUUUCACAUUUUAGCAUCGACUCGUACAACAUGCUAAUUUCCUCAAAUUCUAGAGCAGUUAACCAUUUUUCUUGUUCAUUCUGUAUUCGCAUACUUAAUUUCGCAUGUAACGGAGAAC